CAUUUCUGAAAACAAAUCAUCUCAAGAGAAUUAAGAGAAAUGGGUUCUCUUUCCAAAGUAGAUGAAGAGAAACAACACCAACAACCCCAUGCGGUGCUUGUCCCACACCCAACUCAAGGCCACAUAAGUCCAAUGCUAAAGCUUGCUAAACUCCUUCACUACAAAGGCUUUCACAUAACUUUUGUCAACACAGAAUAUAACCAUAGACGCCUCCUUAAAUCUCGAGGCCCUAACUCUUUGGACGGUUUGCCCGACUUUCACUUCAGAGCCAUUCCCGACGGCCUCCCACCAUCCGACGCCAAUGCCACCCAACAUGUUUCCUCACUCUGCUAUUCCACCUCCCACAAUUGCUUGGCCCCAUUUUGCAACCUCAUUUCAGAGAUCAACUCAAGUGGCGACGUUCCGUCCGUGUCGUGUAUUAUUGGCGAUGGGAUCAUGACUUUCACCAUUUUCGCCGCCCGCCAGUUCGGUAUUCCGAUCGCCAUGUUUUGGACAGCCAGUGCUUGUGGGUGCCUUGGAUAUAUGCAGUAUACCAAGCUUAUUCAACAAGACUUCGUUCCUUUUAAAGAUGAAGAGUUCUUGACAAAUGGACAUCUAGAAACAACAAUUGAAUGGGUCUCACCGAUGCCAAAAAUCCGUUUGAGAGAUAUUCCAAGCUUCAUUAGAACAACCGACAAAAAUGACAUAAUGCUCAACUUUUACAUCCAACAAUUCGAAACACUCCCCCAAGCCAAUGCAAUAAUCAUAAACACAUUCGAUUCCUUAGAACACCAUGUUUUGGAAGCACUUUCCACCAAGUUCCCUCCCAUUUACCCGAUUGGUCCAAUCAACACAUUAGUUGCUGAGUUAAUCCACGAUGAGAAAGUGAAAGACAUCCAUUCAAAUCUAUGGAUGGAGCAAUCAGAAUGCACGAAAUGGCUUGAUUCAAAAAAGCCCAACACAGUGGUUUAUGCCAACUUUGGAAGCAACACCACCAUGUCCCAUCAUCACUUGAUCGAAUUUGCGUGGGGACUCGCCAACAGUGGGAAGCCGUUCUUAUGGAUCGUAAGGCCGGAUCUGGUGGAAGGGGAGACAGCGGUGUUGCCGGCGGAGUUUGUGGCGGUGACAGAAGGAAGAGGGAUGCUGGGGAAUUGGUGUAACCAAGAAGAGGUUUUGAAGCAUCCUGCAGUAGGAGGGUUUUUGACGCAUAGUGGAUGGAACUCGACGCUGGAGAGCAUUGUGGGAGGAGUGGCCAUGAUAUCGUGGCCGUUCUUUUCGGAGCAACAUAUGAAUAGUCGUUAUUGUGAGACAGAGUGGGGAAUUGGAUUAGAGAUUGGGAGUGAUGUGAAGAGGGAGGAAGUGGAGAAGCUUGUGAGACAGUUGAUGGAAGGAGAAAAGGGUGAAGCCAUGAGGGAAAAUGCCAAAGAGUGGAAGAGGAAGGCGGAGGAGGCUUGUAAUAAAAUUGGUGGGUCAUCUUCUACAAACUUGGAUCGAGUCAUUUCUGAUGUUCUUCUCAUGAAUAGCGUCCAAAAAUAGGCCUUUCUUUUACAACAUUUGGGUUGGGGCCGAUUAAACUAAACCACUACCCUCAAAGUUUAUAGUAUAAGUUUAUGUUAGUUAUACUCAUGUUGACAUCUUUUUUCUAAAUUUAAAUGAAAUGGAAUAUCUCAUUGUCUUCUUUUGUUUGAUUUGUAUUAAUUAUAUUUGUAUGAGGAUGCAUUUACCUUCCUACAAAUGUAAUCGAUGAAACCUAUUAUAGGAAACUGGAUCCCACCCAAUUACUUUUAGGUUGUUUACCUAAAUCCGUAAUGGGAA